CGAUCUUAACUUAUUGAAUCCACAACAUAACCUAACAAAUACAUAACCUUACUUUUUUUUGAUAAAUUGAUGAAAUUAAUUACUUCUAGUUGAUUUAUUGAGUGCAAAAAAUGUUUAGUGUUAUUAAAAUUUCUAUUGCAAGGACAAUUAGUAAUCAUACACGAUGCGAAUAUAAUCAAAUUGCAAGUUAUGCUAGAUGGGCACAUAGAAGACCGGUACGUGUGUUGAGUCAAGAACAGCAUGAAAAUGAAAACGCUAAAAAUGUUGUUCAGAAGUAUAAAGAUGACGAAGAGGAAAUUGAAUUUGAAAGAAUACCACCACCAAAAUAUAAUUCAAAGAAUGAAAUGCAAGGGUUAAGUUUGAUGCCAAAGAAAUCAAAACCCACUCAUAAAAAUAGAAGUAAUAAACCGAACAAUUCUAGGUUUGAUAUGUUACAAACCGUGGUAGAUGCAAAGGGAGAACUUAUUUAUACAAAAAUGGAUAAUAAUGAUUCUCGAAUUUCACAAAUAAUGACUGCAGUAAAGAUUAAGAAAGAAAGAAGCCGUAAAAAUCUUAUACUACUUGAAGGAAAAAGGCUUGUUAAGGAAGCAUUGGAAAAUAAGUGUAAACUAAAAUAUUUGUUAUUUUCAAGAAAGGAUGAUUUGGACAGUUUUAAAUCUAUUCUUCCUAAAAGUGGCGCAUCACUUUAUAAAAUGCCUCUUCGAGAGAUGCAAUUAUGGUCUGAUUUAACUCAAUGUCCAGGAGUAAUGGGAAUUUUUGAACACCCAACUGUUGAAAAUUUCUCCACACCAAAAAAUUCAAUACCUUUAACGGUAAUUUGUGAUAACAUAAGAGAACCAGGCAAUUUAGGAUCAGUUUUAAGAGUUUGUGCUGGAGUUGGAUGUCAAAAUGUUAUAUUAACAAAAGGUUGUGUAAAUUUAUGGGAUACUAAAGUAACAAGAAGUGCUUGUGGAGCUCAUUUUCAACUUCAAAUUCACACAAAACUUGAAUGGCCAGAAAUAAAAGAUAAAUUGUACUCUCAAAGUAAAGUAUUUUUGGCUGAUAAUAACAUUGCAAAAACAUUUUCAACAAAUUCCACCAAUUUAUUCAAUUCAAUCCAACAAAUACCACUUUUACCAUACUACAGUGUUCCAUUUACUAAAGAUGAUUAUGCUGUUGUGGUUAUUGGAGGUGAAACAGAAGGAUUAAGUGAAGAAGCUUACCAAUUAGUGAAGGAAUUUCAUGGUGGAAGACUAAAUAUUCCUUUAGGAAAUGGGGUUGAGAGUCUAAACGCUGGUGUAGCUGCAGGUAUAAUUUUAUUUGAAAUUCGUAAACAAAUGGUAUUAUCUAAGAACGCACAAAUGGUCGCAUCAAAUAUUGGAUGAUAAAUAAUAAAAAACAAUUAAAAGAAUUUAUUGAA